AGCAAGUGUUUCGCGAGGCCGGAGGCCGAGCCUCUCCGGCGUCGACAGCGACGACGCGCGGAUAGACGCUCGUGAACUCCCGCGAAAAGAGCAGCCACUGAGCCGCACCCGCCACUGAGCCACGCCGCGGGGUGCUCCCCCUCCUCAGAACCGCACAAAGGAGGGGCGAACGCACACCGACAGUUUGGCCUCGAUUUCCCUGAAGAGCAAGCACAACAGCGCCGCGAGAGUUCGUCGCAGCUCGCGCCCGCCGCCGCGGGAGAACCCAAAAUAGUGGGCCUCACGAUCCCGGUCGCCGACAAGGCGGCGGCGCAGCUCGCUGCUGCCCUAGACUGAGAGCGCGCGCGCCGGUGCCCAUCAGCGUUAGCCAUCGCCGACCCCGGCAAGCCUGACUACAGCUCGGCGACAGGAACGGCCUGUUCCUUUCCUGCUCCUGGCUGUCCGUCUGUGUCGUACGUCUGUGAGUCCAGGACUGUGAAACCUAGUUGCCGAUCGACCCGGAUUAGACGGCGCUGCGCCACCACAGUUGACAUAGUGCACCGCCGACGAUGCCGCCUGGGCUUUUCAAGCGGGCUUUUCAAGAUUGUCGGUGGUGAAACGUAAGCGAGAACCGGGAAAGUGGUGCAGUUUUGUGGUGCGAAUUGUGUGGCCGGGCGUGGUCGAAGAGGCCACGUGUUCUUGAAUGCCGGUACCGGUUCGGUAGCUGUAAGGAAUGCACGCGGCCUUUUGCAGCAUCGUUUCGGUACUUCGCAUGUGUAUGUGUGUGCGUCCGUGACCGGGACAGACUGGUCCCGCACUGAGUGUCGACAGAUGUAUGUGAUGAUCCGACCACGUGGCAACAUCACGACGCCGGCGCCUCUGGCGACAGACGGUGUCAUCUGCUGGCAGUACCACGCUACUUGCUUGAUAUACUUGUAGUGAUUGAUGUUCUACGUGCAACGCGCUCUGCGUGAAGGCGAAGAGCCGGUCGGUUGACGAUCUCUUCCCCGACGUCAGUGGAUGUCCACUGCCUCGUCCAGCUUCAUCGACGGCGCCAUCGCUCGGCAAAAGCUCCGGAAAUGUGGCUAGCGGCGCACCUUGUUCUGGUUGCCGGCCUGACCCAGGCGCUGGCCUCCAACUGGCGCACCAUUCGAAGCGACCGGCUCAAGGCUGGCCUCUGUCCGGACUCGGACGACGACCUCUGCUCGAACGGGCGACCUGACAGCACGCGGCUGGCUUGCAAGUGCGACUACGCAUGCGCCAAGUUCGGCGACUGCUGCGUGGAUGCUCCGCGGAGUCCGAGCCGCGAGUCGACGCACGCCUGGCGCUGCCACCCGAGCGGAUUCUUCUCCCUCAGGGCGUGUCCCGCCCGUUGGCCCCCCGACGACGCCGUGCGGCGACUCUGCGAGGGAUGGGAAGACAGGGGCGGCGUUGAGAACGGAGACGACGAGGGCGUUCCUCCCGUCAAGCACUACCUGGAGGACGUGCCGGCCUUUUCGAGCGACUCGGAGCGCAUGUACUGGAACGUCUUCUGCGCCGCGUGCCACGGCGACGCCGUCCGGCUGGCCACGUGGCCCGCGAGCUUGGACUGCGACAGCGCUCCGCUCGGAGGUCGCGGUCCCGGUCCCGUGGUCAUCUUCGACGAGAGGUCUCUGCGGCAGCUCGUGACCGUCGGCAACCUGAGCUACGUGGGCGACAACCGGUUCCUGGUGACCGACCGCAACGAGAAGCACCGCUGCAUGCUGCGGGUUCAGAGGUCCGGAUGGAAGUACUUCUCUCAGGCGCACCUUCUUCGCUCGUGCGCGUCGGGCGCCGAAGCGGCUCCGCGCUGCCGCAACGGCAGCGCCGAGCUCGGUGUCCCGAUGCGGGGCCUACACGGCGUACGUGCACGACCGGGUGUCGCGGAGGAACUACCGCAACUACCACUGCGCGCUGUGCGACGUGACGCUGAAGCAGCGGCUCGCGUGCGGCGCGUACGCCGAUGA